AAAAAUUAGGAAAUUAAAAUAUUAAUUAGAAAUUUUAUUCAGUGCGUGUUUCAGCGCCAGACUGUUCAAGUUUCCGGGUUGACAACAGUCGCUUUACGUCUGAAUUAACUCAGCAUGUAAAAAUCUUACUUAAAUAUUAGUUUUCUUUCUAUUUGUGGACAAAAUAUUUGGUGGUAAAUCAUGCUGUCAGAGUUGUCAACGACAUACCAAAGUAAAGUUAGGGGUUGUGAACUUUAAUUAGUGAAAGUUGUCUGUCAAGGAGACAAUGAAAAAUUCAGAACAUACUCAACGUGAGCAGAUUCCAAGGAACGUAAAAUAAUGGAAUUAAUUCACAGUUGGAUGAUGGUGUUUUUCACUUUUAGUUCGCUGUCUUCUGUGACGUUUAUUUCAGGAUACACUCAGGUUCCCUAUUUCCACGAGACGGAACCAAACAUUACAGUCCAUACAGGACAAACAGCGAUUCUACGGUGCACAAUAGAAAAUCUGGGGCCAAAAAUGGUGGUCUGGCGAAAACUUGGUUCCGGAUAUCCACUUACAAUUGGUGAAAUGGUCUUCCCUGCUAAUGAUAAAAUCGACCUCCAGCAGAAAAAAGACUGGAUGGGGAGAGAUCAUUGGAACUUGGUCAUCAAACGGGUGGAUCCAAGCGAUGCUGGCCAGUACGAAUGCCAAGUUUCUUCUUCUGAAUCGUUCGUGUACCUGGUGCAACUAAACGUUAUUGAUUCCCCACCGGAGCCUUCACCAGGGUUGACAUUAAAGGGAAUAAAUAUUGUCAAUCAUAAUGAACCGAUCAACCUCACAUGUUUGGUAAAAGGAGAAAGUCGUGCACCAGAAGAUGUGGACUGGUUUUUUAACGGUGUGAAAAUAGUUCCUGGUAGCAGUCGAUGGCGUAAUAGGGUUUACAUCACGCGAGAACGGGAGCCUUACAAACGAGAGUUCAAAAGUCAUCUACUCAUCGACAACAGUCGUUUCAGCGAUCGGGGUGUGUAUGUUUGCAGAGCUAGUGCGGAUCUCGUGAAGAGUAUCUCAGUCAGUAUCCUUGAGGCUCCGACAUCAAAGCCCAAGAAAAAUAGAGAUGUAACAGGCAAUAAUCACGGAAAGUUCGUUUCGGAUCGAAAGAAUGGUUCAAGCAAUUCUUUGCACAGUUCUUGUGUUCAUUUAACAUUAAUAAUUCAAUUGAUAGCACUGACAUGGAAUAGUUGACACGAGUUGUUCCUUCUCAUGAAAUAAGUGCCUUCGUCUUAGUAAAGGGACAUCGACAUUCGUCCAAUUCCUUCCACCCGCCUGUUUGCCGAGCCCGACUGUCAGGUACAAAGGAUGCUGUCCCGCCGUGGUAGAGACUCGAUCAUUCAAGUGAACAAGAUUCUGGAUUUAUGAAAUAUUUAUGCGCUUUUCAAUCAGGAUUAGUGUUUUUUACUACCAGUUAAGGUGCGAGCUCAGAAAUGGCAGAGUAAUUGCACGGAAAUAUGUACUUGUGAACUGUUUUUGUGGCGCUUUCAUUGAACACAAGUCCAUUGCUACUACCAUAGAGGGAAUUUUUAAUCAUGAAUUUGAAUGAACUGUCUAUAUUUCAUUUUUUUUAUGUACAUAGUCUUAUUAAGAUUGUUGUUUAUAUUUUUCGCACAUCAUUCCAUUUCAAUGUGACAUUUUAUAAAUAAUUAAUGGUGAUGAAUACCAACAUCUGGUUCGACACGGUACUACAGACCCUUGUGUAUAAAUGUAAUGGAUUUUACAGCCGGGGUGGUAUACCGAUUGUCAAUACACAAACAUCGAAGUCUUCAAAAAUAAAUUGAAACAUGAAAAAUUUAUGACAAGGACAAAAUAUAAGUCAAGAUAAACAGUAUUAGAUAAUUACAUAUCAACAAAAAUGAACAGCUAGCAUUCGCAAAAUAGUAAAUUUCUUUUGACAAGUUUGUACAUAAUUAAAUUGGCAUAUAACUAUAUUGUCUGUAGAUAUUCCGAGCAAACGUGCAUUGAAAAAUAUAACAAGUAUGAAGUUAUCCUUGGUAGUUAAAGGGGGAGAUUUUGAAGUAAUUCAUAUAAAAUUUGGUUCCCUCACGUUGAAAAUGAUAUGUACCUUCGUGUAUAAUUGUAUAUUUAAAAUUUAUCACCAAUAACUUCAAUGGAAGCUUGAGAAAAUAUCAAAAUGUACCGAAUGCUUGUUCAAAAUCUAAUAUUCAUCUAAAUAAGAGUCGCAUUAUUUGAUUUUCAUUUAUAUUCUGCAUAGUUUGAAAAUACAGAGAUAUUUUGUUACUUUUUUAUUAACAAUAAAAUGAAGAUGGUUAUAGUAAAUUUAGAAAAAAAACAUAAAGCCGAGGCCAUCAUCUUCAAGGUGAUAAAAAUUAUUUAUCAUAAAGAGUACUCUAUGAGGAAAAAAUAAUUGUGUUGAGUAAUAUCAUUAUCUGUUCUCUUCUUCAUUUUUGUGAAGCGAAUUGGACAAAGAUUAAUUUAAUUAGAUUAAUUUAGUUUGACAUUAAGUAUCAUACGAAAAUAAAUUCGGUAUUCUAAGUAGCGCUUAACUCUUUACAUUUUGUGGUUGUCAUCUACAUAUUGUAAAUAGUAAGAAAAAAUAUUCAUUUUUAUGUCUUUUUGAACAUUAAAAUUUCAAUAGAGUAUGCGUAAAAAAGAGGAUAGUGUAGCAUGUUCAAAGUGAAACAUUUAUUAAGCAUUUGUUUUAAGUCCUAUUAUAUCAUGACAUUUAUGAAUAAAACAUAAACUAAUACGUUAUUGGAA